AUGGACAGAGCAGGCUCAGUGCUGAUCCUGCACAUAGCCUGUCUGUACGCUGCCCAAUGCCUCAUACCCGCGAUUCUGCUGAUUGCAACACCAAAGGGGUCGAUCUUGAGAUAUCUCUCCAUCCCAUGCACAGUCUUGAUUGCAUAUGAUGCCAUACCUGUGGCUACAGCACUCGGCCCGGGUUUUGUCUGGUGUGAAAGUGCUCGCCUCUUCCUGACCAUAGUCUUCCAAUGUCUACAUCUUCUGCUGAUCAACCCGAAAGACGGCGAAGAUCUGCCAUCUGGAGGCAGUCAAACAUUUGGCUCUCGGCUUUUCGCAGCGACCCGGCUCUUCACUGAUCCUCGGGGAAUUCAUACCCCUUGGCAGGUCAAAAAUGCCCCCUCACAACCAGAAUAUUACAAUCGAUGGGAUCGCAGAGAGCCGCCUCGUGCUCGCUUUUUGACCCGACAAAUAUCGAUUGCCAUCUGGCAAUAUCUGACUCUGGAUGUGUUUGCUACCCUUGCUUUGCAACAGAACCGAGAGCAAAGCGGCACUUUGCCGCCAAUCCCUCGAUGGGACAUAUCCACGGAGCAGUGGAUUGAACGGAUCAUUUCAAACAUCAUGGCCGGAUUCGUGGUUAGUCGGAUUCUCAUUGAUUUUCACCACCGUGUGUUCUCGAUAAUCCUCGUGGGACUGGGACUUGACUCUCCUGCGAAUUGUCCUCCAUUGUUUGGAAGGGCGCUGGACGCCGAUACAGUCCGUGGGUUCUGGGCGAAAUUCUGGCACCAGCUGCUGCAACGGCCCCUGACUUCGGUGAGCGGCUUCAUCACCUGGAACCUUCUAGGCUUGCCGGCUGGCUCUUUGCUACGGCGGUAUACCAAUGUGCUCAUGGUGUUCUUCUUCUCCGCUGUCCUGCAUGUUAUAAUCGAUCUUGUGCAAGGCAUUCCGACGCAGGAGUCUGGCGCCAUGUUGUUCUUUACCACAGCUCCUCUAGGCCUCAUGAUAGAGGACGGGAUCGUUUAUAUAUGGGUACUUGCUUCUGGGGCGAAGAACACAAGCCAAAAAGGCCCUAAACCAAUCUGGCAAAGAGUUCUGGGCUUCUUGUGGUCGAUGGCAUGGCUCGGUGUCACUUCGACUGGGUUCUUUUACCCCAACACAAUCAGGCCACAGAAUCAAGUCCUGGUCCCUUUCUCUGUGGCCAGCCAUAUUGGACUGGCUGCUCAGGCAGGAGUUCUUCUGGUUGGUGGUGCUCUGCUGGCAAAGGUGUUCGAGGUUGAGGUAUGA